AUGGUCCAACCGGAGGAUGAGCUGCCAUUGAAAGCCUCUCCGAGCUUCAGUCUCGGGCAGGAAGAAGCGGCAGCUGCUUUGGAAGACUUCGAUACGCAAAGCCACACAAGUUCCCGCGAUCCCGGUAGCACACAACCCGCCGACCCCGCGCUAGCCGACACUGCACUAGACGUCCACCGUGACGAUAACGCCGACCCGUCCAAUUUCGACGAUGGCGAUAAGCCCGCCUGGAGCGAAAUGAAAACCAAGGCCGGUAAGGAAAGGAAGCGCUUGCCGCUGGCUUGCAUCGCAUGUCGCCGCAAGAAAAUUCGCUGCUCCGGCGAGAAGCCGGCAUGCAAGCAUUGCACUCGGUCGAGGAUUCCGUGUGUUUAUAAGGUCACUACGAGAAAGGCGGCGCCCCGCACCGAUUACAUGGCCAUGCUGGACAAGCGAUUGAAGAGGAUGGAAGAUCGCGUGAUCAAAACGAUACCCAAGGAGGAAACGAAAGAUAUGGCCUCCAUCGGUAGAUCGACCGUGAAGCCCUCGGCCGUAGCCCAGCCGUCCAAGGCGCAGAAGAAGCGAAGUGCAGAUGAGGCAUUUGCAGCAGAAAUGGACGGCUGGACCCGUGGGGACCAGAGGGCGCCCCAAGACACGUUCCCCAUGAAUCGCGAAAUCAAAUCCAAUGAUGGGAGUGGACUUCUGACCGAGGGAGCCGAGUUUCUGCCCUCAUUGGAGAUUCAAGAGCACCUUGCGGAGGUGUUCUUUGAUUGCGUUUAUGGGCAGUCUUAUCUCCUACUACACAAGCCUAGCUUCAUGCGGCGUCUCAAAGCAGGCACAAUACCCCCUGUCUUGAUUCUAGCCGUUUGUGCCGUAUCUGCGCGAUUCUCCACCCACCCUUUGCUCAAUUCGGAGCCGCAAUUUUUACGCGGUGAGAACUGGGCCAAUCCUGCUGCGGCUAUUGCCUUAAGUCGACACGAUGAACCGAACAUCACUAUCUUAACGGUUUUCCUGCUUCUUGGUCUCCAUGAAUUUGGAACCUGUCAUGGUGGACGAAGCUGGUCUUUUGGAGGCCAAGCAUUAAGAAUGGCAUAUGCCUUGCAGCUCCACCAAGAACUUGAUCAAGACCCUCUCCUGAGCCAGAAAACCGGCAACGGCUCACAGCUGAGCUUCACUGACCAGGAAAUUCGCCGGCGCACCAUGUGGGCAUGCUAUCUGAUGGAUCGCUAUAACUCGUCGGGCAGUCAGCGGCCACCAAUCGGAAACGAAAAGUUCCUACAAAUCCAGCUUCCUAUCCAAGAAACCCACUUUCAGAUGGAGAUUCCGGGUCCCACGGAAGACUUGGAUGGUGAUAUUCUCAACCCUACACCUGAGGAUUCGGGGCAGCUAUCUAAUGCUAGGGACAACAUGGGUGUUUCAGCGUACAUCAUCCGGGCAAUCGUGAUUUGGGGUCGCAUUGUUGACUAUUUAAAUCUCGGUGGUAAAAGGAAAGACUCACAUCCACUUUGGCAUCCAGAGUCAGGCUACAGUCGGCUCAAAGGGCAAAUCGAAGAAUUCUCGGCCACUCUUCCCACCCCUAUGACAUUCACCUACGAAAAUUUGCAGAUCCAUGCAGCCGAGAAGAUUGCGAAUCAGUUUUUGUUUUUGCAUAUCAUCAUGCAUCAAAACAUGCUAUUCCUGAAUCAGUUUGCCAUUCCCUUGUCACCUGGGGGACGUCCACCGAGAGAUAUGCCCAAGCCUUUCCUCAGCAACGCAGGUCGAGCUGCUGUGGAAGCAGCGCAUCACAUCUCUGUGCUUUUCGACCGGGCUUCCGCUUAUCCCCUCACUGUUCCAUUUGCUGGAUACUGUGCCUACUCUGCUAGCACAGUCCAUAUCUGGGGUAUUUUCUCAAAGAACCCACAGUUAGAGGCACGUUCCAAGGAAAGUCUCCGUCAUACGUACCGCUACCUUAACAAAAUGAAGAAGUAUUGGGGGAUGUUCCACUACAUGGUUGAGAGUGCCAAAGAUCGAUAUCGACAAUUCGCUGAUGCAGCUAUCAAGGGCUCUGUGGCUGUUCAGAAUGGCACUUCACUGGCACCAAUGUUCCAAUAUGGGGACUGGUUCGCCAAGUAUCCCCAUGGUGUGUCAAGGGUGCACUGGGAGGACCCCGACACCCGACACAAGGAGACGGGUGAGGACGCAGUGAUGGGUCAGAAACCCGACCUUCAAAGCGUUGAAGACUUCUUCGCAAGCCUCUCCCCCACGCCUCAGUCAAGCGUACCACGCAACUCUCGGCCUCGCAGGAAUAGUAAAUUAUCAGACGGCGUUUCAAGCAUGGAACAAACCUCGCCACAGUCAAUGAUGGAAGUCACAAUGGGGAACACACCAGGUGUCCCAGGCAGUGCAUUCCCCCAAGCAUCUACCUUCCACCAAAACCGGCAAAUGCCCUUUGGUCAGCCACCAUUUGACUUCACAAUUCCAACCGACCAACUCCCACAACUGGACCGACAAUUCGUCUAUGGCUCGUUCUCUGAAUUCGACCCCACCUCAUUUGUCCCAAACAACCCUUCCAUUCCACAAGUCAACGGUGCUGAAGUGCCGAACCCCGGGCAAGAAUCCGACCAAUCUCUUUUCACCGGCCAACUAGACCCAGGUGCUCCCGCUGGGACAGGCGAAUUCUACCAGCCCAGCGCAUGGUUCCUCCCCUUCAACCUCGAUCCCGUCGGUGUCAAUCCACCGCCCCAAGCCCCUCCCCCUGUCCCAGGGCCUAGCAACGGGAAUCCCGCUCCGCCCGACAUGCCCCCCGUACCAGAGUUUGGCGCGGGGGGUAUGCCAUUGAGUGCAUAUGAUCUUGGACUCGGGCAAGGUCCACGGCAGUAA